AUGCGGUCGAUUAUUACCCUGGCCUUAUCACAGGCCGUCGUUGCACAGAACACUUUCACCACAUCGAACUGGCAAGGCCAGUUUGCAUCUGGCUCCGGGGUGCUACAAUCCUUGAAGCCAGCGACGGACACAUCGUUUGACUUCUCUCCCUCUGACUACUUUUCUCUCCGCAAUGGCGUGGGCAACUACCACACCGGUGACAUAACACUUCGUUGGAGAAUCCAGGGGCCAUCAGGGUGGAACGAUGUCGACACUUCUGCUCAGCGAGAUGCCGAUCCUCAAACGACGAGCGGCAAUGGCAGCAGUCUGCUCCAUUCUACAUUUGACAAUGUCUAUCCAAACAUCCCCAUCAGCAUCUCGCGCGACUGGACUACUCAAGAUGGCGACCUAGUCCUCCAAGCCACGAUCAAGAACAAGAACGCCUCAACUGUUGAACUCGGCGCUUUUGGAUUCCCAAUCGAGUUCAACAACAUCUUCACGAACCGCACUGCCGACGAUACGACCGCUAAGUGCGUUCUGGUUGACCCUUACAUUGGUCUUGACGCGGGCUACCUCCAGGUGACUCGUCUCACCGGCACCGGACCAAACAUAGUCAUCACACCUCAUGGCAACGCUUCAAAGUUCGAGGCUUAUAGGUUUCUGAAUGAGGAUCCAAGCCAGCCGACAGGCUAUCAGACGCAAGUCUUUGAGGGCUUGUAUGCCUGGCAGACGCUGAGCAAGGCGUAUGCUGAGAACGAGUGGAAUGCCACUAAUCCGUGGAACGUUCCUACUUCGGUGACCCUGGCCCCAGGACAGUCGGUUUCGUUUGCACUGAGGUUCGGCAUUGCGCAGAAUGUGUAUGAUAUCGAAGAUGCCGUAGCGUCGAAGGAUGUGCCGGUGGCUGUUGGAGUUCCUGGUUAUGUCCUCCCAGUCGACAUGAACGGAAAGCUGUUCCUCAAUACGAAGUCGGCUGUCAAAUCCAUCGUUAUCGAGCCAAACAGCGCAUUAGCCUUCACAACGACGACGGCUAAGAACUCUGCUUGGAAAGCGUACGACGUAACAGCCUCGACGGGAGCCUAUGGCAGAGCUCGAGCUACCAUUCAGUAUGAAGACGGCAGAGCCCAAACCGUCCACUACUACAUCACGGACACUUCACAGAAUACGGCCACCAAGCUGGGAGAGUUCUCGUUCAGCAAGCAGUGGUACACCGACUCAUCCGAUCCCUUCCACCGCGCGCCAUCAGUCAUGACCUGGGACGACGAGGUUGGCCAGAUCGUGCUCCAAGAUCCGCGUGUAUGGAUCGCCGGCAUCUCAGACGAAGGCGGUGCAGGUUCGUUAACCGCCGCGUCGAUGAAGUCCGCAAUCAUGCCAGACGCCUCGGAAAUCCAGAAACUCGAGCAAAUGGCGAACACCGCCGUCUGGGGCUGGCUUCAGGAUAAUGUCACUGAUGCCGCCACUGGAAGUAUCAAGUAUGGUGUCAAGCGAAGUCUGUUCUAUUACGACCCGGCUGCCUUGCCCGACUUUCAGUAUGAUUCCUCGAUCCAGUGGGGCGGCUCUUGGAACAAGAACGAUUCGUACUCGGUCUGGCGAGCGUAUGACUAUGUCUGGGUGAGUGUGCUGUACUGGUCGCUGUACAAUGCUGAGCUGGCUGCUCCUGGCAUCCUCACUGUGCAGAACUCGACCUGGUAUCUUGAGAAGGCGUAUCAGACUGUCAUUGCCUCGCAAGCCGUGGACGAGAAUGGUCAGCCGAUCACGGCCUAUGCGGAUGUUGGCCUUAUGGGUGAGACGGUCUGGCUGUACAUCCUGAAGGCGUUGCGAGCAGAGGACAUGAAUACUGAAGCUGAUGCUGUGGAGGCGGCCAUGAAGAAGCGAGAACAGCUCUGGUCGACGCAGUCAAAUCCUUUCGGCAGUGAAAUGGCUUGGGACUCGACUGGACAGGAGGGUGUCUACCUUUGGGCAAAAUACUUCAACGACACAGCCACCGUUACCAAGACUCUGAACUCCAUCCGGGGAUACAUGCCGACUGUCGCCCAUUGGGGUUGGAACGGCAACGCUCGCCGAUACUGGGACUUCCUAUACGGCGGCAAACUCGCCCGUAUCGAGCGAAUGAUCCAUCACUAUGGCUCAGGUCUCAAUUCCCUUCCUAUCCUCGAUGACUACAAAUACAACAAAGAGCCAUCGAGCGCCUCUGCUAUGUACGACCUUCGAAUUGGAUACGGCGCCAACAUGGGUUCCACGACGAACAUCCGAACGGAUGGCAGCAGUGGGAAUGCUUUCCACAGCUAUCCGGAUACGUUGAAGUGGGAUGCAUAUUCUGGGGAUUAUGGGCCGACCUUUCUCGGGCACAUUGCUGGGUCUCGGACGUAUCUGGUUGAACAUAACGACUUUGGCUGGCUCGCUUUCGGUGGAAAUUUGGCUGUCGAUGGCAAUGCGGUUACUGUCGAGCCCAAGGACAUGGUGAAGCGCGGUAUCUACGUCGCACCACUUGGUCUCGCUUUGGAUAUCGAUGCCGGUGUGAUUAAGAACUUCGAGUACGAUGCGUCGGCCAAGUCGUUGGUGGUGAAUUUCGACAAGGUGGACGGAGGGGCUUCCACGGCGACGCUGGUGUUCGAGGAUACGCUUUCUUCGGGAGUCAAGCUGACCACUGCAGGGCUCCAGCAGCAGAGAGGCGGGUACGCUGUACAGCUUCCCGGCUCAGUCGCGUUCUCCAUAGCCUGA